UGUAGCUGAGCGCGGGAUCUGGUGCCCUAGCAGGAAAAGUUAAAUUUUGGGGUACACGAUCAUACAUUGCCUUUAAAACCUCUGCGGGCCUCACCCGUCCUAACUCCGUAGGUAAGAAAACUAGUCAUUCUCUUCGGUAGGCUUUCAUAUCACUAAAUGAAUCCGCAGAUCGCUGCGAACGAGCACUUUUGGACCUACGAAGGAUCCUUCACAUCUCGCGAUACGAGCAGCUCGCGGAGACGCUGUCUUGGCUGUAUCUGAAUGUAGUAACCACGGGGUCCAGAUCUAAGGGAAAAAUAAAACCCUCAGCGGCAUGUGUUCUCAUCCACCGAUGGAAGCGACGUUUGUAUCAUACUGACAACGUUAAAGCCAUCGGAACGGGUUUCAGUGGAUAGCAAAAUGAAUAACCGAGCAGGUUCCUUUAUAUGGAACCUCAGGCAAUUCACUGCUUUAGCUCCAACAAGCAGAACUGUGAGGCUGUAUCCUUUGGAAUUGUGCAGAUCAAAAAUUGUUUAUUCAAACGGGAGCCCAAGAAACUUCUUAAAUCACUUUGAUGAUCAAAUGCAGUCAUCUAUUAGAAGUCUCUUUCAGGAUGCCCUGUUCUUUAAGUCAGGAAAUGACUCUCAAACAAAGGGUGUAGGUGCUGUAACAGCCCUUAGACUCAGCAGGCUGCUUUGUCCUAGAAGACUGUCCUUUGACUCAAAACAGUCUCCUGUCUGUGAUGAUGGACUGAAGAAAAUAAACUUCCAUCAUGAGGCCUCCAAUGAAGUUGUUCACACCAAGGAAACAAAACCCACCCCUGUCAGCUGGAGGAAACUGUCUCAGGAGUGCAAUUCCCUGAGUGAUGUGUUAGAUACAUUUUCAGCAGCACCAACAUUUCCUAGUAGUAACUAUUUCUCAGCAAUGUGGACAAUUGCCAAAAGGAUGUCCGAAGACCAGAAACGCUUUGAGAAACAAUUGAUGUUUAACCACCCUGCGUUUACCCAGCUGUGUGAACACAUGAUGAGGGAAGCCAAGAUCAUGUACUAUGACCACGUGCUGUUCGGUCUUCAUGCCAUAGUGAAGCUUGGUAUUCCCCAGAACACGCUGUUGGUGCAGACUUUGCUGAGGGUAGUCCAGGAACGUAUCAAUGAGUGUGAUGAGAAAUGUCUUUCAGUUUUGUCAACUGUUUUAGAGGCAAUGGAGCCGUGCAAGAACAUGGAUGUUCUCCGAGCAGGACUGCGGAUACUAGUUGAUCAACAAAUUUGGAAAAUAGAACGUGUCUUCACAUUACAAACUGUGAUGAGAAGUAUCGGAAAAGAUGCACCGAUUUCUCUUAAAAGGAAGCUGGAGAUGAAAGCUGUGAGGGAAUUAGACAGAUUUUCUGUGUCGAAUAGCCAGCACAUGUUUGAGGUGCUGGCUGCAAUGGAUCACCGUUCUGUUGCCCUUCUGAAUGAGUGCAGUAAGACGGUUGUAGGUAAUAUCCAUGGGUGUCCUAUUAAAAUACUGAUCAACAUCGUGCAGUCUUGCAGAGACCUCCGAUACCAUAAUUUGGAUCUUUUCAAUGGGAUAGCAGAUUAUGUGGCUGCAACUUUUGACAUCUGCAAGUUGAAACAUGUUCUUUUUCUCCUUGUUUUAUUUGAAAACCUUGCCUUUCGACAUGCUGCUUUGAUGGACUUAUUUAUGAAGAAAGUAGUGGACGAGCCUGGCUUUCUGAACAUGAAGAGCCUUGUCUCUGUUCUCCACGUGUACUCUUCUCUGAAUCACGUCUGUGGGCCCCACACCCAAGAGUUCCUCAACGUCAUGGCCAGCGCUCUGACUGGCUAUCUCUACCACAUCUCUUCGGAAAACCUGUUGGAUGCUGUGUGUUCGUUUUGCUUGAUGAACCAUUUUCCCUUGGCUCCGCUCCAUCAGCUUCUCCAACAGGACCUCAUCGACGAGCUGCUGAGGUCAGAUAACAAGGAGAGGAACAUUCGCAAGCUUCACAGUUUGGCCGCCUGUCUGAAACUCGAUGACGUUCCUUACCAGAAGGCCGUGGACUUAGUGCUGCCAUUGUCACCGUCCCCACUGCUGUACCCAAAUGUAAAGGUUGCCGAGGUGCUGAGUAGCCUCCUGGGAAAGGGAUACUUCUCAGAAAAUGUGCAGUUGCCACAUAACUAUCAUAUUGAUUUUGAAAUCAGAAUGGAUUCCAACAGGAGUCAGGUGCUUCCACUUUCUGAUGUGACUGUGGUAACCCCUGCUACAGAUAUGCAAAGAUUAGCUAUACUCUGUGUUCCUAGAUCUACUUACUGUUUGGAUUUAACCCACCCCAGAGGAUUCCUCGCUAUGAAAAUGCGCCAUUUGAAAGCAAUGGGCUUUCAUGUGAUCUUGGUCAACAACUGGGAGAUGGAAAAACUAGAGAUGAAGGACGCUGUAACAUUUUUGAAGUCUGAAAUCUAUUCAACUGAAGCCCCUUCUACUGCUGAUGUUAAUUUUCAAAGUAGCUGUUAAAGUAA